AUGGGUUUUCUGGGUCCGAAUCAAGAUCACUGAUUUCAUACCAUAACGUGAAGAAAACAAAGCCACAUAUUUGCAAUGGAGAGACGGCAACACCAAUCUGAGAUAGAGAUAAAGGUGGUGACUCCACGGUGGGGUGACAACAUGGUACACCCGGCGGGGCCAUCUCCGGUGCCGAGGACGUUCGGCGACUACAGGCCAUUCAAGAGGUGGAGAUCGUGGCUGGUGCCGUUAUUAUUUUAGGCCCAAGCACCGUGCUUUGUGGUUGUCAACAUUGUGGUUUUUGUGGUGACAAUGUUUGUGAAUAAUUGUCCAAAGAGCUCUGACAAGUGCAUUGCCAGGUUUCUGGGUCCCUUUUCGUUUCAGCCAUUUAAGGAAAACCCACUUCUGGGUCCAUCUUCAUCCACAUUAGACAAGAUGGGUGCUCUAGAAGUGCAGAAAAUGAUCCACGGACGUCACCAGGCAUGGCGGUUGCUCUCUUGUUUGUGGCUACAUGCUGGACUUUUCCAUGUACUGACCAAUAUGCUGAGUCUUGUAUUUAUUGGAAUUCGACUUGAACAGGAAUUUGGGUUUGUGAGAAUUGGGUUGGUUUAUGUCAUCUCUGGUUUCGGCGGGAGUUUGCUUUCAGCUCUUUUUAUCAACAAUGGUAUUUCUGUUGGUGCUUCUGGUGCACUUUUUGGUUUACUGGGAAGCAUGCUUUCAGAGCUUAUAUCAAACUGGACAAUAUACGCAAACAAGUUAGCGGCAUUGCUUACUCUCAUUUUCAUCAUUGCAAUAAAUUUAGCAGUGGGUGUUCUUCCACAUGUGGACAACUUUGCUCAUAUUGGAGGAUUUGUUUCUGGAUUUCUCCUUGGAUUUGUGUUUCUGAUUCGGCCCCAAUUUAAAUGGGUUAACCAAAGGAAUACUCCUCCUGGAUAUUUUGCAACUCCAGUUAGAUCUAAAUAUAAGACUUAUCAGUAUGUAUUGUGGGUGAUCUCCAUGAUACUACUGAUUGUUGGGUUUACUCUUGGUCUGAUUUAUCUACUAAGAGGAGUCAAUCUCAAUGAGUACUGUUCCUGGUGUCAUUAUCUGAGCUGCGUCCCAACCUCCAAAUGGAAGUGCCAGCCUCGCCAAAUUUAGUGUCUGACGAACCAGCUCGGAAAUCAACUGAAUAUGACUUGCUCAAGCAAUGGGAAAACCGGCACUUAUUCGUUGGCAGAUAACAGCCCUUUUCAGAUUCAGCAGCUGUGUACGGAUCUGUGCACUUGACAUUCAUACACAUACUUAUAGAUGUAAGAGAUGAUAGAAUUAAUGCUAACUGAUGUGGUUCAAUCUUUUAUACCUGUAGAGAAUAAUCUUGUAAUCACCAAGCAAUGGUUUUUCAUUGGUAAUA